ACUUUACGGACUUUUUCGGAUUUUACAUAAACGGGUAAAAAACUCCGAUUAGCGUUUACACUUGUUAAAAGAGAAACCUGCAUAAGCCCAUGGAUCAGUAAAGAAAAGUGAACGAAGCACAUGGAUUAUGAGAGUUUUUUUCUGUCACCCACCCAGUUUACUGUCUUAAACAUGAAACACAGGAUGGUUGACUUUAGAGGUUAUUGCUGUGUGGAUGACUAGGUCUAAAUGGGACGGCUUAUGGACAAAGCCAACUUAAUACUAUGGCUGCUUAUGCCCUGAGCAGCCUGAUCAUGAUGAACCCUAAUAACCUGACUGAAAAGAGCAGCCCUCGGACUGCCAGACCUGUGCUUCCAGUGCCGUGCCGUUCCACCUACAGCCCACUGCUGGGUAGGUCUAGUGGUUUCUACAGCCCUGGCAGCCCUAGUUCAUCUAGUACCUCUUUCGUUUUUGCCUCUGGAGUUACCAGCACCAGCACCUCUAGACCACGCUCACCGUGUCGGUCACCAGACCUGUUGGGAGUGAAUGUGGGAACUCGGGUUCGGAGGCUAAGUGAGACUAGCCCAGAAGAGGAGCAGGAGGAGGAAGAGAGGCGUGCUGCUCAACAGCUCCAGCGCAGUCUAGAGCUUCAGAACGUGGAGGUGAACAAGAAGGUGGACCUAUUUGAGGCACAUAUUUCUGCUCAUGCUCAGAGCAAAGAAUUUCAGCGCAGCCCACGGCUUGCCAAGAGACCCAGCCCAAAUCGUGUUUCCUUUCCUCAGCAGGAUAAUUCCUCUACAGCUGGCUUAAAACUUCAGAACCUCUGGAGCAGGGACCAACUUACAGAGAUACCAAAUGAGGUACAGAAUGGGAGAAACUAUCAGGAACUUGAAAGGAGUAAAGAAGGAAAUGGUACAGGGGACACAAAUUGGGAAAAGACUAAUAUACAAGGAAACAAAUCAAAGGAAACUUGGAGCAGCGUUGACACCUCAAUCUGUAGUCUCUCCACCACCUCACAAGGGGCUCGCAAUGACUUAUCCACAUUCAAGAAUUUGGAGACAUGGUCCGAGACCUGCUCAACUAAGGAUGUAGCUGUACCAACUAAAUCUCUGCCUCAGGUGGAGGCCAAGGAUAGUUCUCUUGAAGUGGGUUCCAUUCCUGCUGUCAUAGUAACAGAUCAUGGCAUUGGGGCUGUCUGGAAAGGCCAGGAACCCCAGAUCAGCCCACAACCCUCUCAAACACUGCGUAAGCUUUCCUCCUCAUCGGCCUCCUCCACAGGCUUUUCCUCCUCAUGGGAGGAAUCAGAGGAUGACAUUUCCAGUGACCCAGAACGCAUGCCAGCCUUCCUGCAGACACAGCAGAAAGCACAUAAAUCAUGGAAGAAGAUCAAGAACAUGGUGCAGUGGUCACCUUUUUUAAUGUCCUUCAAAAAGAAGUAUCCUUGGAUCCAGCUAGCUGGCCAUGCAGGCAAUUUCAAGGCAGGGGCCAAAGGUCUUAUACUGAAAAAACACUGUGAAUGUGAGCAGCGCUGCCUUAUCCGGCUGAUGAAUGAUGUGCUGAAGCCAUAUGUGCCGGCCUACCAUGGUGAUGUGGAGAAGGAUGGUGAGAAAUACAACCAAAUGGAAGACCUGCUAGCUGACUUUGACAUGCCUUGUGUUAUGGACUGCAAGAUGGGUGUGAGGACAUAUUUGGAAGAAGAGCUAACGAAAGCAAGAAAAAAGCCUACUCUAAGGAAUGAUAUGUACCAAAAGAUGAUUGAAGUUGACCCAGAUGCUCCCACACCAGAGGAACAUGAGCAGAAAGCAGUUACUAAACCCCGCUACAUGCAGUGGAGAGAGACCAUUAGCUCUACUGCCACACUAGGCUUUCGUAUUGAGGGCAUCAAGAAAGAAGACGGGACAGUAUACAGAGACUUCAAAAAGACCAGGACUCGUGAGCAAGUGACGGAUGCCUUCCAAGACUUGGUCAAAGGAAACAAGAAUGUUGUGGCUCUCUAUCUUAAACGACUAAAAGAGAUCAAGGAAACUUUGGAAAAAUCACCGUUUUUCCAGACACACGAGGUGAUUGGCAGCUCUCUCCUCUUUGUCCAUGACAAGCGUCAGGUGUCGAAAGUGUGGAUGAUAGACUUUGGAAAAACCACGCCACUGCCUGAGGGCCAGGUGCUAAAUCACCGCACCCCCUGGGUGGAGGGUAACCGUGAAGACGGCUACUUGUAUGGCCUUGAACACCUCAUAGAAAUUCUUAAACAAAUGAUGGCAGAUAAUCCUCUCUAAAGAAAGACAGAGUUGUGUUCCAACAUUGUUUUUAA